UUUCGAUCUUGCAUCCUGCAUCCCGAGUCAGAUAAUUUGCGAUUGCGGGAGGAAUUUUUCACUAUGAAUCAUUCCUUAUCUCAUUCCUCUUCUCAUCUCCACGCUUUCAUCCCAUACAAUGUCCCGUGAAUUGAAUAUUCUCGUGCUAAUUUCUGGCUCCGGCUCCAACCUCCAGGCGCUCAUCGAUGCCUCGGCGAAGGGCCUCUUGGGCCACGCCAGGAUCCACAGGGUCAUCUCAUCGCUGGCCGACGCCUACGGGCUCACCCGGGCGGCGAACCACCAGAUCCCUAGCCAGGUACACCGCUUGAAAGAAUACUACGCGAGUAUUCCAAAGGAGGAUAAAGAGGGCCGCAAGGCUGCCAGAGAGCAGUUCAACACGGAUCUUGCGAACAUUGUUGUGCACGGCUCCAAGCACGGCUCAGUGGCCGACUACGUGCGCCCCGACUUGGUGGUGUGUGCUGGGUGGAUGCUCAUCUUGUCCCCGGCAUUUUUGAACGUGGUGGCAGAGGUUAACCUUCCGAUCAUCAACCUACACCCGGCACUUCCCGGGGCCUUCGACGGCACCCACGCCAUCGACCGUGCCUGGCAGGCUGGCCAGGAUGGCCUCAUCACGGAAGGUGGUGUCAUGAUCCACAAAGUCAUUGUGGAGGUCGAUAGAGGCGAGCCGUUGUUGGUCAAGAAGCUCGACUUGAGAAAGGACGAGACCUUGGAGCAGUACGAGGAGCGUGUCCACUCCACGGAGCAUGUGGCCAUAGUGGAGGGCACCAAGUUGGCUCUUGACGAGGUUAAGCUCUAGCGACCCGGUUGUGGCUAGAGAAGGUUUAAAGAAAUGUAGAAAUAUUCAUUGAUCUGUAGAGAUAAUGGUAGGAACUGGGACUAGCGUGAGUAGGGGUGUUUGGUGCACUAAGGUUAAAUGUUCAGACCAUAGGGAGGGAUGGAUAUAAACUGGAUGGAAAUGAAAAAAAAAAAAACAAUUCAAGUAUCGCCGUUAUGCUAUGUUGCGC